AUGAAUCCUUCACUUGCUCCCGUCGUCCUUGGUCCUCGGUUUGGACCUUCUUCUUCUUCAUCUUCUACUCUUGAUCGCCAAACGCCUAAAGGCCAAUCGCUGAGCGACUUGGAGAAAUACUGUCGACCGUUCGACCGUCAGAAAGCACUAAUACGAGAAAAGGAAACAGCCCAGUCCUGCAACCACGCAACAAAGUACAAACUCCGUAAUACCAAGGAAAUCUUCCCAGGCAAACCACUCAAUCCGUGUCUGAUCGAUCCAUUAUCGGCCAGACCAGACCGCACCGGCGACCCACCAUCUACCCGCCUUACUUGCAGCCUGCGCACGCUGCACGCCUCUCAAUUCAAGACAACACCUCACGCUCACCUUUCUCGAGUCUCACCUCACCACCUCAUCAUCACUGCUGCUGAAGGAGCCAGAGUUGAAUCCAUCCACCCAUUCAUUCGACCACCCUCAAUCCAUCAACCAGCAGUUGAUCGCCCAGUCGGACGAAUCGAAUCCCACACAGACUUCUUGGAAAGCACCCGACCCGGCCCUCCUACGCUAAAGGAAGAACCGUCUUACCUCACCGCGCAUCUACGCUACAACGCACGCAACUACUACAACAACAACAAUAACCUCCGUCAAUCCACGCCUUACAACGUCGCUCUUUUGCCCUAUUCACUCAUUGUUGUCAUCGCUUCCCGUCCGCCGUCGUCCACCGCCCACGACCUUCCCUGCUCAGGACCUUCCUCUCUACAUACCCCCGUGCGUCUCUUGGACUCCACCCCCCCUCCUCCUCCUUCCCAGCAGACCCAGCCAGCCAGCUCACGCUCCAGUGGCUCCUGCACCUGCACCUGCACCUGCACCUUUCUUUCCACCUGGCACACCCCGGUUCACACAACCACUGCCCCCCCCGAAAGCCCCAAGCCCCAAGCCCGUGGUGUACCGUUGCCUGCUGCCUUCGCCCCCCCUCCCGCCAGCGAAGAAGGAGAAGAAGGGGAAAAAAAGACAAGAGCCCUGUCCGUCUUUGAACAGAUCAAACUCCUCAUCCCGUUUCAGCUUCGCACCAACAACAUCUUCGCAUUCUCUCCUUCUCCAACAGCUUUGCCCCUUGCUGUCAACCAAAACCCAAAAACCCAAAAACACCCUUACUACGUACCCGUCAGGUCCUUCAGGGAAAUCCAAAACUUAAUCCCGUCACUUUCCUCUCCCUUUCUUUUACUUUCCUCCUUUGAUCAUUCGCGCCUGAUUCCCUCUCGAAUUUCCCGCCGACGGGUCUCUUACUCCGGUUCCUCCCAAAAGAAGGACUUUCAUUCGACCCGACUGUCCCUCUUACCGCCGCUGACGCCCGCCUUUGUGUGCCAUCUUGCACACCAUCGCCCAACCCGACACACGACGUCCACAUCAUCUCAUCUCGACUCCUUCCGGGGAGUCGCCAAUACCGUCGAUCUGGCUACAAGGCUAGACUCCCGCCGUUCUUUGCUCGGCGGUGACCCGAACUUUGCCGGCUUCGACCAAGAACUCGCCGCCCGCCAGUACGCUCAACAGUAUCAGCAACAAUACCAGCAGCAAUACAACCCCCCGCAAACUUCAAACAACCAAGGCUACGCUUUUCGCGAAGGUCUCGCUCCAUCCACAAUGAACGGAUCGCGCCCCAGCAGUGGUGCCAGUGGUCCCCUCGGCUUCGGCUUCAUGGGUGCCAAAUGGCCCAGAAUCUUUUUCCUCAUCACCCUCGUCCAGGCUCUGCUUUGCCUGGGCUUUGAGUGUUAUGUCUUCUGGAAAUUCCAGACUGGUUUGACCGACCAGGACCCUCACCAAAAUACAGAUACUACGGAUGCCACCGACUCGCCGAGAAGGACGAUCCCGACGUUCCUGACGCUCUUCAUCUUUGGAUUCUUGUACGAAUUGGUUAUCGUCUGGGAUGCGCUACGGGCAAAGAACACCAUUCAGGUUAUCGGAGUGUGCAUCGCCAAUCUCGCUUUACUCGUCUACACUGCCAUCCAGGUCGAACAGAUUGAGGAGGCUGUGCAACAGCUGAAGGACAACAAUGCCCUGAGGGACCCGACCGACGACAUGUGGGCCGACGUCAAGCCUUACCUCGUUGCAAGCCCCUGCGUCUUGGCUUUUGGUACCAUCACCAUGGCCUUGACCGCCUGGAAGCUUUACCAAGUUUUUGCUUGGGACAUUCUGAAGACUAUAGGAGCCGACUACAGAAUGAAGAAGCGUUUCCUCCACUACCAGAUUUAUAUCGCACUCCUGAAGUUCGAUUUCUUCUUCUUCCUCGGUUUCACGGUUCAGUUCUUGGUCAUUGUUAACGCCCGCACCGACGCCGAAUUUGGAUUGACCAUUGCUGCGAUUCCGAUUACCAUCGCCAUUUUGCUUUUGGCUGCAUGGUUUACCAGAAUCGAGAAUAAGGUUGGCAUGGCCACUGUUCUCGUCCUCUACUUUGGCGGCUUGAGCUACUUCAUCUUCAAGCUCGUCCGUAUCUACCAACCACACACAGCCGAGCAGUACAUGCCAGUGCGCAAGUCACUCACUGCCUUCACCGUUAUCACCAUUCUCCUCAUUAUUUGCACCAUUGCCAACUGCGUGGUCUGCAUGCGCAACUUCGGAGCCGGCUUGAAGACCCACCUGCGGAAGCCGUCACGCGAUCUCGAGAAGAGCCAGGACCUCAACUCGAUCAACCUCCAGGAUGUCAAGCCGCAAAUUGCGAGCAGAAUGACAAUUGAUUAA